ACCAUCCGAACCAUUCGCUAUGCCAGUAUCAGACUUUAAGAUCUCUGAUCCUUUCGCAUAUCAGAAUGGCUUUGGAGACUACCAUGAGACCGAAUCGAUCACUGGUGCUCUUCCCGUCGGUCAAAAUUCCCCGCAGCGCCCUGCUUUCGGUCUGUACGCCGAAAAGCUUUCGGGGACAGCUUUCACUGCACCUAGACAUCUGAACCAGCAAUCCUGGCUGUAUCGUAUCUUACCCUCUGCUGCUCACUCCGAAUUCCAGCCAAGAGAGAAUGUACGAACAGCGGGGACCAACCUACGUCAGAUUCCGAAUCAAUUGAGGUGGGACCCAUUCGACUUUGACGAGCAGGCCGACUGGGUCGAAGGUCUUCAUUUAGUGGCCGGUGCAGGAGAACCGGCUAUGCGCAAUGGUCUCGCCAUUUACGUCUUCGCCGCCGGUCGUGAUAUGGGCAAAGAGGCAUUCUACUCGGCAGAUGGGGAUUUUCUGAUCGUUCCGCAGCAUGGUGUCUUGGACAUUCAGACGGAGAUGGGAAUGAUCCGAGUGCGGGCCAACGAGAUUUGCGUCAUUCCGAGAGGGAUCAGAUAUCGGGUAUGUUUGGCCGACGGGCCAAUCAGGGGUUACAUAUGCGAGAUCUACAAAGGUCACUUCCAAUUACCUGAAUUGGGGCCUAUAGGCUCGAAUGGCCUUGCGAAUGCAAGGGACUUUCAAGCACCGACUGCAAAGUACGAAGAGGAUACUAGCAGCUGGACAGUGGUCGCCAAAUUUGCCAACCAGCUCUUCACAGCGUCUCAAACGCAUUCGCCGUUCGAUGUCGUGGCAUGGCACGGUAACUACUGCCCAUAUAAAUACGAUCUUGGACGUUUUAACACUGUCGGCUCCAUCUCCUACGAUCAUCCAGAUCCAUCGAUAUUCACCGUUCUAUCCGCGCCAUCCGAUACGCCUGGCACGGCUUUGGCCGAUUUUGUCAUCUUUCCACCCCGUUGGCUCGUUGCAGAGGAUACGUUCAGGCCUCCAUAUUAUCACCGCAAUAGCAUGUCCGAGUUCAUGGGCUUGAUCGCCGGAGAUUAUGACGCCAAGAUUGGUGGAGGCUUUCGCCCUGCUGGGGCAAGUCUGCACAAUAUCAUGAGCGCACACGGUCCCGAUGCCAAGACACACCAGGGGGCCACAAAUGCGGUCCUUUCCCCGCAGAAGGUCGGGUCAAAGAGCAUGGCGUUCAUGUUUGAGAGCUGUCUGAUGGUGGGAGUCUCAACCUGGGGUUUAGAGACCUGCCAGAAGGUGCAGGAGGAUUACAAUGCGGAGAGCUGGGAGCCACUUCGGGCCAAUUUCAAGCAUGAGUCAUCUAUCUGACCCGAUCAGCUAAACAGCGUGGUAACACUAGAACGCACU